AUGAAUGUUCUAUCAUGUUCCAUCAACACACCAAAUGGGUUAUACGAUAUAUCCGGUGUGGAAGUAGGCCAACAUUUUUAUUGGAAAAUCGGCGGUUUCCAAGUCCACGGCCAAGUACUUAUUACUUCUUGGGUUGUAAUUUCUAUCUUAUCAGCUUCAACCACUCUAGCCGUUCAGAACCCACAAACCAUUCCGACCAACAGUCAGAAUUUCUUCGAAUAUGUCCUUGAAUUUAUUCGAGAUGUGAGUAAAACUCAAACUGGAGAAGAAUAUGGUCCUUGGGUUCCUUUUAUUGGAACUAUGUUUCUAUUUAUUUUUGUUUCUAAUUGGUCAGGUGCCCUUUUACCUUGGAAAAUCAUACAAUUACCUCAUGGGGAGUUAGCCGCCCCCACGAAUGAUAUAAAUGCUACUGUUUCUUUGGCUUUACUCACAUCAGUGGCAUAUUUCUAUGCGGGUCUUAGCAAAAAAGGAUUAGGUUAUUUCGGUAAAUAUAUUCAACCAACUCCAAUUCUUUUACCUAUUAACAUCUUAGAAGAUUUCACAAAGCCCCCUAUCACUUAG